AUGCUCAGACAACGCAUGAGAUGUGAGUCCCCUCCUUUUUCACCAGCCGAUUAUGAUCAUAUUAUGCAAUGUGCUGAAAAAAAGCCUAGAGAUAAAGUUUUAAAGGAUUUAACAAAUAAAUAUCGCACAUCACAAAAACGUAUUUAUCAGAUCUGGAGAGGUGAAGAAAAAAAUAGGGUUGCGUGGAAUCAACCAAUUCAUAUGUCAACAGCUGGUCCUGGAGGGACUGCUUCGCUUUCUAAUAUAAAUGUUGUGGACGGGCAGAUCGAGCCAAAGAUCCAAGGCCAAGACGUUUCUCCAUUUACAGAACUGGAAAAACAAAUACGUGAUGCUAAGAUAGAGCCUAGCAAAUCUAUUGAUUCAGUUUUGGAAGAAGGUGGGAAGGCAAAAAAGGCCGGAGGGAAGAAAUUGAAGUCCAAGGAUGGGAUACCACCGCUAAUACCAUCUCCUAUCCAGUCUCAACCAAUUCCCACGUCGCAUGAGAAGAUAGUUGAAAGAAACGUAAAAAAUAUAGCAAAUAUGAAGAAUAUAUUAGAAAAAUAACUCGCCUAUUCUCUGCCUUAAGCGCCUUCGGCAAGAAGUUCAUCAUAGCGCGCCUGUAAUCU